GAUGGUUUCAAGGAUGCGAAAUUUCCUGGCAUCAAACAUCCCCAUUUUAUUGACGGAUUGUACGUCAGGUACGAGGGGUAAUCAUUGCGAGACUCGGGAAUUCCUACCCAUGACGUAAUGCACUAUUCUCUCCUGCGCCAAGGUUCGGAUUUCCAAACUUACCUUUUUGGGUGCGACAUACGAAGUCUUACUUACGAACUGCCACUUACGAACUCUGACGUACACAUCCGGGCCGCGCUUUAUCCGCGGCAUCAGUUCACCACCGUGAAUUUCUAUGAUUUAAAAGGGCACCCUUAGCCUCAAUUGUUUGGCAACCCCACCCUUCAACCAAAAUGUCCAAGAUCCCAUUGGUUGUGCGCAAAGACAUCAAAGAUGCCGAGGCUGUCAAUGCUGAACACUUGCUGAAGAUAAAUGCUACCCUUGGUACCAAUUGGGCUUUGGAAAUUGAUUAUGCUGCUUUCUACGAACAAAUCAAGGACACCCACCCAGACUAUGCACCACAAGUGGGAAGUGUUUCCACUUGGUACAUGGCCAGCUUGGCUCAGGCUAUUUCGAGCUUUGUCCAGAAGGACGACAUGUACAAAGAUGCGUUAGUGGAAGAAGUUUCUGCCAAUGCCAUCAAGGCGUUCAAGGUGGUUCCUCAAAACACUUACGAUUCUACUGUUCAUAACAAAAUUGCCUUUGAAGAUGGGAAGUUGGUCAUUAUUGUUCCAGAAAACCUGAUUGCUGUCAAUAUCGAUGAUCUCGGUAAUACUUUGGAAGAGAGCCUUUAGAUAGUCUGAAGUAGAAGUGAAUAUACUAUGUGAUUUUGACAAAACUUUUUUUUGAAUGCAAAAUGUUAUUUUUUUUGUAUUGUUCUCAAUAUUUCGUAUUUUCAGUAGUUGAUUGUUGAACCAAUCUUUUGUAUCUAUUGCAUCUAAAUGGAACUAGACUAUUCUUACAUUCCUUUAAACUGUUUUUGAAAUGAAGUAUCUACACCGGU